GGGAUCCGGGCGGCGUGGCGAUGACCUGAUCCCGAGCCCGCCAGGGCGCCCGUCCCUUGCUGCCCGGCUCGCUCGCAGUCUGUGCAGAGACCGGCUCGGUGCGGCGGCCCGGGCGCACGGUGGCGGGGAGCUCCGGUGAAAGGCGUGUGGGCGCCGAGCUGAGGAGGACACCUUCGGCAGCUCUGCCUUUGGAGGGGCUUCUGUAAACUACUGAGUCAUUCCAGAUUUAGGAUUCCCUAAAUAAUCACCAACUGUGCCCGUCUCGUGCCGGAACGCAGGCAGAGAGAGCGAGAGGUCCGGCUCUCGGGACCCCGCGGAUCCCCAGGGUGCUUGGCCCUCGAGGAUCUCCCUCCCUCCUGCUAGUCCUCCCCCCUCCCUCGUCUCCCGCUUUCUUUGCAGUGCUGCUGGAGGAGAGGCGCACUCACCGCAGCUGGAAACAGCUGCCCCCGCCCCGCGCCCCAACCCCGAGUCUAGCCAACCGCUCCCACUUCUCGCCUCUUGGAAUUCCAGAAGUGGGGAGGCCGACCGGCCCCUGGAGAACCGCAGCCCGUGCGAUGCCUUCCGUAGACCUCACCCAGCCGGGACGGACCUCCUAAUCGCCAGAACCGCGGGCCACAGGGAGUUGAAUUGCUGCCUUCCUCUCUUCUCUGUCGCGGUUGGUGGCUCAUUUUCUAAAGGAACGUUUUAUUCACUUUUUAGUAUUUUCUUUUCUUUAUUAUUUUUUUAAGCCAGGGGCACGCUUCUCGCCUCGGUCCAGACUCUGCCUUGUAAACGGGUUUUCUAUGUAUGUAUGUGUAGGAAUACUUUGGACACCUUACAAAGCUUGCGCCUCUCCAACCGGGGCACGGCUUGUUAUUUUGGACAUCUUUUCCCAUUCUCCACUUGGUACCCUGAACGCAGUGUGACCAAAUUCCUCACUGCCCUUUGGACGUGGAUCGCCUUGAGGGUGCAAGUUUGGGGUACAAACGUCUACUUCGCAAGAAGGCUUGGGACCGCCCCGCCCCCGCCGCCAGUGGUUGGGGAAGUUUACAUCUGGAUUUUCACACGUUUUGUUGCCACUGCCCAGACUCUGACUAACCUUGUGGGCUCCAGGUUUUCGAUACUGCAACCUCCUCAAAUAUUAGCACUGCCUCACUGCGCCUGUCCCAUCCCUCCAGGCCCUCGAGGUCCUUCCCUCAUCCCAGCAGAGCAGGAACCCGAGGGCUCUCUGGAGCCCGGGGCCUCGGGCCCGCGCUGAGCAGCUAUGGCUGCAGCGAUAGCCAGCUCCUUGAUCCGGCAGAAGCGGCAGGCAAGGGAGUCCAACAGCGACCGGGUGUCAGCCUCCAAGCGUCGCUCCAGCCCCAGCAAAGACGGACGCUCCCUGUGUGAGAGGCACGUCCUCGGGGUGUUCAGCAAAGUGCGCUUCUGCAGCGGCCGCAAGAGGCCCGUGAGGCGGAGACCAGAACCCCAGCUGAAAGGGAUUGUGACAAGGUUAUUCAGCCAGCAGGGAUAUUUCCUGCAGAUGCAUCCAGAUGGUACCAUUGAUGGAACCAAGGACGAAAACAGUGACUACACCCUCUUCAAUCUAAUUCCUGUGGGACUGCGGGUGGUGGCCAUCCAAGGUGUGAAGGCCAGUCUCUAUGUGGCCAUGAAUGGGGAAGGCUAUCUCUACAGCUCAGAUGUUUUUACCCCAGAAUGCAAAUUUAAGGAGUCUGUGUUUGAAAACUACUAUGUGAUCUAUUCUUCAACCCUGUAUCGCCAGCAGGAAUCAGGGCGUGCAUGGUUUCUAGGACUCAAUAAAGAAGGUCAAAUCAUGAAGGGGAACAGAGUGAAGAAAACCAAGCCCUCAUCUCAUUUUGUACCAAAACCUAUUGAAGUGUGUAUGUACAGAGAACCAUCACUACAUGAAAUUGGAGAAAAGCAAGGACGUUCGAGGAAAAGUUCGGGAACACCCACCAUGAAUGGAGGCAAAGUUGUGAAUCAAGACUCUACAUAGCUGAAAACUCAUCUUAUGCUUCCCUCACCCUCUCCCUUCUCUUCCCUCCCCUUUCCCUGUUUUCUCCAAUAAAUUCACCCCAACAAGAGAAAAAUAAUAAAACGGCAUCACAGGACUUAGUAGCUGAGAUUCUGCACUCAAAAUCUUCCUUUGUGUAGGACAAGAAAAUUGAACCAAAGCUUGCCUGUUGCAAUGUGGUAGAUAAUUCACAUGCAUAGCAAUUAUCUCACAUAAAAGCAAAGAAAAAAUAAAUCAGGACUCCACAAAUACUAAAUUUAACUGUGUUGUUAUUAACAGAGGGCUAAUUGCAAAUGAAGACACAAGGAUAAUGCAGACAAAAUACAGUCACUGAAUGGAUGGAAAAGGUUUCUAGAAAGCCACUUAGAAGAUGUUGUUGGACCUUAAAUCCUUUUAUGUUCUAGAGAAUUCUGUGAUGUGCAGUUUUGUUUCAUGUUGUAUUUUCUUUAGACUUCUGUAAAUGAUACACAAUAACCUCCUGUUUUCAGGAUAUUCUCUCAAUCCUAAAAUUGAACUUGUCAAAAUUAUAUUCUUCUAUUGUCUAUCAGACAUAUAUCUGAUGUCUAUCAGUCAGGGGCCAUUUAGUAUGAAGAAAAGUUUUAAACAUUAUUCUUGAUGUUGAUAAUAUUUUUUUAUUUUAGAAAAUGAAAAUCUUGUGUUGAGUUUAAUCAUAUUAGCUGAUUAAAUUACUUUGUAAAGAGUUUCUCCUAAGGGAAUAUCGUAUUUUUCUCCGGGUAUUGAUCUGGGAUUUUAUUAUAUUUUUUAGACAUUUAGGGGAAAGGGUUUUAUUGUAUUUCUGAGGAGGUAUAGAAGCCCGCUGCCAUUGCUGUAUCUGGUGAAGAAGCAUUGGCUUCUAGCCUUUUCCAUUCAGUCUUAGUGUUGAUUUGUGGGUGCCUUUGAGCAGCGUGUAUGUGCAUGUGUAGCUGUCAUGGAAAGUUGCUCUUUUUUUGCCAUGUCUUGCAGCAGGGAAGAAGGAAGGUGGGUUUUACCUAAGGAAAUAGGGCUGAGAUAUAGAGUCAGAGCAAAUUUUUAUAGCCUUUUUAUGUUGCCAGAAUUUGUGUGUAGACUGUUUUCCAAACUCUAUGAAAAAUCGGGAGACUUAUUAGUGAAAUUCCUGACUUACCAUAUAUGAGGGCAGUAGCUCAUUUGUAUUAUCCACAUUGACAAGUCUGGUUUCUGUGUUCUAGAAAACAGAAGGUAACUGAUUAAACGUGAAAUUUUCAAGGGACAGUGAGAAAAACUUAACAGCUUUGAUUUCAAUAGACAGAGUUUGGUUGGUGGAUUUGUAUAGUGAAGAAGAACUCCAUGUAAGAGCAAGCAAACACACUGUUAGGAAUACUGAAGGACUAGGAAACAUUAGCAAACACAUGAACUUAUACCAUGGCAUUGGAAUUACUAGAUCUAAUUAGGCCUGGAAACCUGAAAUGGUAUAGUGACAUCCAAAUUCAAGCAAAACAAACCAGAACGUUUAAAAUGUUUGCAGAUUUAUGGGUACCAUAAUGAGAAGACUCAGCAUGUAACUUUUUCCUAUAUAUCUACUGUCCAGCAUGUAUUACUCCAACUAUGACUUCCUAAAAAUACACACUUUACAGAAGAUGUAGGUCCUCACCUCAAACCUUUCCACUGGUUGCUGUAUUCUUUUAAGGUCAAUGUAGUGUCUCCCCUCUACACAAUCAUAAUUCUUAAAUGUAAUUCUUGUCCUAUCAAGUAUCCUAUUUACGUUCUCUGAACAAUGGCAGGAAAUGUACUGGAGGAAUCUUCCUAUAAAGCUAGGAAGAAUAGCAGUUAUGCACAGAGGCCAGGCUUUUGAAGACAGUUUAAAUCAGAAUAUAAGGAAAGUAACAGAUACAUUUAGCUUUUAUAUAAGGAAUAUUGCUUUCUGAGGAAGAGAACAACCACGUAAAGACACAAAAUAAGAAGCUGUAUUCAUUAUCACUGCUGAUCCAACUUAAUUAUAAAUACACCUGUCACUUCCAGGACCAAACAAGUCCCAAGCACAAAGCCUUAUUUUCUUUGAAACAAAUAAUAAAUAAAGAGGCUUCAACAAAAAUGGGUCAUGAGAUCUUUUACGGGGAAGUGCCUGGAGGUUUUAAGGUGAUAUGUUUACUCAACCAUAAUGCAGCCGAAAGUCCACAGAAAAUGCAAUUGGUGGAAGUCACCGUUGCCCAUCUCAUUGAUGAUUUCAUGAUAGAAUUUUAAUCAUGUUGUUUAUGAAAAUAUAAUCUGAUAUCAAUCUCUAAUAAAGUCCCUUCUCUAUUUUCA